ACUUUUCCCAUCCUCUUCCACCUCAAACCAAUAACUAAAACUCUAACUCCUCCAUGGACAACUCUUCCUCCUCCUCCAAAGAACUCACAGCUGCCUCUCAUGAAGAGAGUAGCUGGACCUCAUACUUUGAGGAGUACUUCUUGGCUUCACAGGAUUAUAAACCUGAAGCACUAAAUGGCGACGACCGCAGCGGUGGAGUUGGUGGUAGCUCUCCUUCCAUGGUUUCCGACGCUGCUUCAUACUUCGCAUGGACGCUGGAAGCGCGAGUUGAACCCUCGAAAGGUUCGAGAACAUUGAGUUUCAACAAGAAGAACAAAGGAAAGCAAUCUUUGCGUGAUGAUUCUUUGGAAGAUACCGCUAGUUCUCCAGUUAGCUGCAGCCCUAAGAUGAUCGAGUGGAACCAUUUGGAAAUGAAGAACACGAAAGAGAAAGAGGAUAAUAGGGAGAUAUCCAAGGAAGAGGACCUUGGCUGCAACAACUCUACUGUCAAUGAGAUUCAUGAUCAUGGAGUGAGUGUUAGUGAGAGGAGAUCAUAUGAAUGUAAUGAGCUGAGGAAAAGGGGACUUUGUUUGGUCCCUUUGUCCAUGUUGUUAGAUUAUCUCGGAUAAACUAAUUAUCACUAACUAAAUUAAUGUACAAAUUAAUCAAGCACUGUUAAUUUUUCUCUCUUCUCUUAA